GUACGGCGGCGCGCUCUUCGAGGCCAACCCCGUCCUGGAGGCCCCGAUCCUGGAGCAGCUGGGGCACCGGAGGCCCGACGUGCAGGUGGUGAUGGAGCCGGCGGUGCCGUCCACUGUCUCGGAGCGCCUGGCGGCCGUGCUGGCGCAGCGGCCCGGCCCCCCUGUGCGGUGGCAGGACGAGCUCGACCUGAUCAAGGUGGACGUGGACGGGCCAGACUGCGAGCUCGCGGCGGCCCUGUCGGCCGCGGGCUGGCGGCCGAAGGUAUGGCACGUGGAG